AUGUCUGGUUCUCGCAAUACCCGUGAUCUCUGCCCGGACAAGGAGGAGAGAGAAACCGCCGCUCUUUGGGCCGAGAAUAGACGUGUUGUGGAUGCGGAGGAAUAUGUUCAUCCUCGCUUCGCCGCUGCUCAUGCUGAACGUAUGAAUGCCCAAGCGCAGCAAGCCGAAGGCAGUCACCCUCUGGGCCAAGAGGCCGAAGGUAGCCAGGCUGUUGGAGCCAACGACCCAAAUAUCGAGAGUGAGGAUAGUGGCAGCGAGGACGGAGAGGAGCAGAGACAAGAUGAUCAGGUAUACGAAAAUACAAAUUCAGAGUUGUUGAUGCAUCGGAUCCUUCGCUGGGAGACCGAUGCUCAGGAACUGCAGGGCAUGGAACGGUUGAUCACUCCCUUCCCCGAUGAGGGAGCCCAGCUUAGAAUGCCGCCACGAACUAGAGGACUUAGUGAUGCGCACAUCGCAAUCUAUAGCGCACGUCCUCCAACCCCUCAUCCAUUCUUUGAAAACGCCUCAUACCCCACAAUCCCUUCUCCGAGCACAGCUCCUAUUACCCCACCGAACCAGAUGAUCACCUCUGGUGACACCGUUCCGAAUGCCCCGCGCCGCCACUCCACGUGCCUCCAUGGUACCCGUUGUGCUAGUUCUCCGACUCCGUCUUCAGAACCAUCAGACGCCGAGCCAGAUCCCGUUUGCGGUGUCUGUUACAGGCGAUCGGCAAACGUGCAACUGGUAGGGUGUAGCCACAGCCUGUGUGCAACGUGCACAAGGAGAACAUACUUCUCCUCCCAGACUCACUACAACAACUGGCCGCUGGGGAUCGAUUGCCCCUUCUGUCGCAGGCUAGUUCAAUUUGUGAAGUCAGAUGAGGACUCAGGAAGAAUGAGACGAUUACCACUCUGGGUGGUGAGGUGGAGUAUAAAGGGGAGGACAAGGGUCAUGAGGGCCCACAAAAGAACUGUGGAGCCGGAGGAGAUGAGGGGGUGGGUCGGAUUCAUGCAGAAUGCAAUUAGUGAAGGUCGUUAUCCUCCCCUUACGAACCACGGGUCUGCAAGUAGUGUUGUAGUCGGAACCCCUGCUCCACCCGCUGGCCCAAACACAACAGAGUCUGUCCCUGAAGGCGAAAACUAA